AGCAAUAUACUUUAUUUAAUUUUUUGUUGAAUGUGAGCUUUAGAGAGAAAAACCUGUACAUAUAUAAUAAUUGAAGCCAAAUUCAUUUGUAUAUACAAGCCUUGUGAGAUACAGAAGCAGAACAAGAAAAAAAAACAUAUGAAAUAGCAGAAAAAAGAAAAAUAUUAUUCACAUAUUGAUUUUGAGACACGAAUUGUAAUAAAGCAUAUUUAACAACAAAAUUGUGUGAGACAAGGUGUUCCGGAAAGGUAUAACAAUCAGUGAAUCACCCAUGAAUUAAACUCCAAUUUAAUACGAUUAACGACUUUUUCACUAAAACCUUAAAAUGUGAAUAUAACACGAAAAAUAACAAAACAAAAACAAUAAUUUUUCAAUCGCUGAUGGAGGGAGAAAAAUAAACAAUGGAAGCUCAUAAAUUACGAAAUAAUAAUUAAAUAUGUAUUGAGAGAGUUUCAAAAACGAUAAGUAAAAGUGAAGAAUUUGUGUGAACUGUUUAAGAAAAUUUUCGAUAAACAUGACAUGGAAAAAAAGCCAAGCUGAGUGAAGAAGAGAAGAGUUCAACAGUUUAAAUACUUAAACGUCGAGAGAAAGUUUUCUUUUUUCCUUCCUUCAACUACACUUUGCUCAAAAGGGAGGAAUUUUGGAUAUAACUUUAAUAUUUUAUGACGUUAUUGUAGUCAACAAUGAGAUGAAGGUGGAAAUCAUGCUAUCAAUUUACAAGCACAAAUCAAUCAAUAUAAGCAAUAGAAUUUUCCUAAACGCUUCAGAUUUUUACGUCAUCAUUGUCAACAUAACAUGAAAGCCUUAUUCUUGCAUCUUUACGAUAGAAGAAUUUGUUGUGAUUUUAUUUACUUCUCAUCAUUAUCACAAAUUGAUUUCAUAGUUACGUAAAAGAGACAAGAAAAAACAGAUAAAUCAACGGAAAAGUUGAACGACGAAUAUAUAUCGACAGCAAGACGUUAGAAGCUGACACUUACAUAAAUACAACAUAAAAUCGUACUCAAAAGAGGAAAAAAAGAAGGAAAAAAUCAACGUAAACAAACAUCUCGUCCUUUCUCGUCACUUUCUCAAACAUCGUCUUCCUUAUUGUCAUAUAACAAUGAGCAAAGUCAAACAAUAACAAAUAAAAUGGGCACGAACGAUAACUUUUCAUACCCCAAUGCAACAAUCAGUAAAAUUAGCAAUAACAGCACUGAAGAGAUGAUAGAUCAAGAAUGGAUCAAAAUUUUGAUAACAGCUUUUACAGCAUCUUUAAUGAUAUUUAUUAUCAUCGCGGCUAUUUUCGGUAACCUCCUAGUCAUCAUAUCUGUAAUGAGAGUUAGGAAACUAAGAGUCAUAACAAAUUACUUCGUAGUCAGUCUAGCCCUCGCUGAUAUUAUGGUAGCUAUGAUGGCAAUGACUUUCAAUUUCAGUGUUCAAAUCACGGGAAGAUGGCUUUUUGGGCGGUUCAUGUGUGAUGUUUGGAAUAGCUUAGAUGUGUAUUUCUCAACGGCAAGUAUAUUGCAUCUCUGCUGUAUAUCGGUAGACAGAUAUUAUGCCAUAGUAAAACCUUUAAAGUAUCCUAUCAACAUGACAAAGAGGAAAGUUGCUAUCAUGAUAUUAACCACUUGGAUAUCACCAGCAUUGCUGUCUUUUGUUCCAAUUUUUUGCGGAUGGUACACGACCAAGAAACAUCUUGCAGAUGAAUUACUCUUUCCGAACGAUUGUAACUUUAAAGUUAAUAAAAUAUAUUCUGUUGUUUCGAGUUCCAUAUCGUUCUGGAUACCUUGCACAAUCAUGUUGUUUACAUACCAUGCAAUAUUCAAAGAAGCAGAUCGGCAAGAAAAACAACUCGCAAUGAGACAUGGUAAUGCAAUGUUAAUGCACAGACAUUCAAAUUGUGGUCCAUCUAAUAAUGGUGAACUCAGCGGUUCGGGAUCAUCUAAAACAUUGACGCUUCAUGAAGUCGAAUCGGAACAUACACCGACCAAAGAUAAACAUUUAAACAAAAUGAAACGGGAACAUAAGGCUGCCAGAACAUUAGGAAUAAUUAUGGGAACAUUUAUCGCAUGUUGGCUUCCGUUUUUCACAUGGUACGUGACAGCGUCGUUGUGUGGAGAUAGCUGUAAAAUUCCUGAAAUAUUUGUCGCCAUCCUGUUUUGGAUCGGAUACUCAAAUUCAACAUUGAAUCCAUUAAUUUAUGCUUAUUUCAAUCGAGAUUUUCGGGAGGCUUUUACAAGCACAUUGCACUGCUUAUUCUGCUGGUGGCGAAAAGAACCAUCACCAUUAGAUAUCGAUGUGAGGAGGUCUAGUCUCAACGCACGUUAUGAUUCACGCGCUAAAAGCGUCUAUACUGAAAGCUAUUUACGUCCACAACCAAAUAAAAAUAAUGAUGUUGCUCCAGAAACAUUAUAAUCGUAAAGAUCUAAUAGGCUAAUAGAUGUAAGAGCAUAGGUGUUACUUAAAAGAAAAAAAAAAUUAAGAUGUGGUAACAGAUGUUUUUGAAAUUUAUAUGAAAGAUUAUUCGGCCCAAAGUACGCGUGUCUGAUAUUCAAAAUUAAAAGGAAAUCUUUUUGCAUUUUUUUCUAGUCGCUGUAAUUUCUACCAAAACCACAUGGGAAUCUCUAAAGAUAAAAGAAUUCUUUGAAAUACAAAGCUUAAGAGUUUACUUUUUUUUAGUUUACAAAUAAAAUUUACCGCGUACAUAAGAUACGUUAAGUGUUUUGUAUCACAGAAACCCAUGAAUAUCGAGACAUUCCGUUAAAUGGCAAAGUUCGUAAAACACCAACUGUCUUCUAUUUUGUUUUUAUGUUUAAUAAAGAAGGAAAAUAUUGAAGAGCUGAUGCGGGUGCGCGUACUGAGGGCACAUUAUAAACAUAUACAUAACUGACAAAAACUUAAAUGUUAGACGAAAAUUAUAUUUUUAAAAGAAUUUUCAUAUUUUUUUUUUCUUUUUACUUCCCCUAACGUAAAAGUGAAGAUUGUAUCCUGUUUAUUUAUUUUUCACAGAAAAAAAGUAAAUAUUUAUGGCAUCAGAUGAAAAUAUAUUAGGGGAUGAAAAGUGGCAGAAAAUAUACUUAAGAAAGUUUAUGGUGCUCUCUUAUAUUAAGUUUAGCAUAUGCUUGUUUGAUUUUUCGAUGCUUUUUUAAUUGUUGUUUUAAUUUAAAGGAAGAAUCAAUUCAAGUGGAAAGUAAAGAAAAUCAAAUAAUAAAAGUUUAACACAUAAGCAGAGGAUUAAGUAUAAAAUAUGUAGAGAAGAAUUAUGUUAUGAGAAAUCUUACUUUGAUGUAAAUUUAUCGCAAGAUAAGUAUCGUCACAACAUACAUAAGAACAUUGUGAAACAAAUUAUUAAGUCGAAGCUUAUCAGAGUGAGAAAACUUCUUACAUCGUCAAGGUUUGAAGUCUCAAUUGACAUUUAUGCUUAGAUAAUGUCAGGUAUGUUGAUGGCACAAACUUUUAAUCCCUAAACAUUUGUUUAGCAAGUGAAGGAAUCAUCGUUCUAGCCUAUCUCAAGCUUUGACCUUUCUGUCGUUUUUCAAAGUCCAUCGAGAUGCUUGAACUUAUCCAUGCAUAAUGUCUCUAGCAAGGUUUUUAGUACAAUUCAAUAGAAUGAAGUUAUGUAGUGUUUCAGAGAUACUUUAAAAGUUCUUAGUUGACCUCUUUAUUAUGUAUAUGUACGAAGUGUAUUCACCAUUUUUUAUAUAAUUUAUUAGAAGCAUAAAUACAAUAGAUAUUAGCAAGAUUUUGCAUUCACAACAUGAACAUGAAAAAUAACAUAACAUUUGAAAUAUAUGCCAAUAAAUGGCUUCCAUUGAUGUACCUACCAUUUUCAAUUUCGGUAUAAAAUAAAUAUCUAUAGUCGUCAUGAGUACAUUGGUAAUUCGGAAACGUUCUUGAAAGCUUUUUGAACUGAAAGAAGGAAAACUUUACCAUGAAUUUCAAUAGAAUUAGUUUUGUUUUGUGUGAAAAGCUUUUGAACAGCGGGAAGCUUGCGCGUGCUUUUUUGAUGAGCGUUUCCUAUUGUGAAAAAACAAUUUAUUUCGAUGUUUUAGUAUAAGUUAUGAUUUAUAAAAUUCCAUAGACUGAAAAUAUUUCUAUCUAGAUUAACAAAAAAGAAAAAAUCGAGAGAAAAAAAUUGAAAUUUGUUAGAAUGAGUGGUAAUUUUAUUAGUUUUUCAAUCAACAACUUUUGAAAGUUUGAAGAAAUAAAUCCGAGAAAUAUAAGAGGAGAAAAAUAUCAAUGAAGGUCUGAAACAUUUUAUUUUCCUAAUCCAAUUUAUUCUUUUGAAGAUUAGAUAUUCUUAUGUAUGCUUGUAGAAAGAAGUGGCAAGCACUUGGAAUGGUAAAAUGAUAAAAUUUUCAAUUCUGAUAACAAUAAACGAUGUUAGUGAAAGUUGCAUCAGAAGUUUAAAUCAACAACUUGAAAUGGAAUUAAUGUGGAUGCUUUUACUCUGAGAACUAAGUAUGUAUGAGUUUCAAUAAAUAAAUUUAUUUAUAAAGCGGAUUAAUAAAGUUUAUCAUUUGUUCAACAACAUCACAUGACCAAUUGUUCAUACAAUCAUGCAAUCAAUCAAUCAAUCAAUCAUAAUUAUUAGUUAAUGUAGGUGAAGUAAAAUAAAAGGAAUAUGAAAGAGUAGUAAAAAUAUGCAAUAUUUUAUAAAUAGCUUUACUUUGAAAAAAAAACAUUUUUUUUAUAAAAACAUUAUAAUGCGAAAUAUUUAUCUCAGUUAUAUAACAACAAUCCAAAAGAAAAGUAACAAUAAAGCGUUACGUAUGAUCAACAG